AUGACUAUGCCAUCGGACAUUUAUCAACAUUUGAUUCUCGUUGAUUGUGAUGGUGGUCGUGGUAGUAUAUUUGAUGAUCUGACGCUUCUUAAAGAUUUGCCAAACAAUUGUUUGCUGCAUUUAUUUUGGAAUAAUAGUGAUGUUGCUAUUAAUGAAAAACUUCAGAGAUUAAAAACAAAUGCUCAAUGCCAUUUACAUCCAUCGCUUUUGCUUAAUGUGAAGAAUUCAGCCGAUGCAGAACUUAUUUACUUCCUAGGCAAGUCAGUUAUUCAAUAUUCAUCGAUUAUAAUUGUUGGAGAGGGCGAUGAAAUUUAUCGUGAAGUAGUGGAAUCAGUCAACAAGGAUUUUGGUAAGAAAAAAACUAUUGAAUUAGUAAAAAUUGAUGAUUCCAAAUCUUGCUUACUAAAAUUGAUUGAACAAAUGCGUAAACGCAACAAUGAAAAUGAUUAUUGUGAAGAAAAAUAUAGACUUGUUCAAGGUUUACCCUAUGCCAAAUGUCCUUUAUGUACUAAGGCAUUUAAAACGAUUGCUGCACGCAAUGCGCAUUUACAAGCAAAAAGUCAUAAACAGAAAUUGGUAACAAACUUGAUGACAGAUAUUAAACCUGAGCAAAAGAUUCUUCAACCAAAUAUGUCAACGAAAACGACUGAAACAAAGACAAAAACCUUACAAUGUCCGCAUGCACCCUGUUCUGUCAAACAAAAGAAAUUCAAUAAGAAAGGUCUCAAACAACAUAACAAAGAUGUUCACUCAAAGUUGGAGAUGAAUUUCUCAAAUGGUUCUUCUCUUGUUCCACAUUGA